GCGGGGUCGACGUAGAGUUGUAGAGCAUGGUCCCCCUCGAAAUUUUCAUGUUCACUGAGCAUAUGUUUUUACACCAGACUCAUCACAUCUAAAAUGGGAAACAACAGUAGCUCGGUGGCACAUUCAUCGGUUCGUUCAAAGAUCGAAGAGGUGGCAGCCGCUGUUCUUGAAUUGGGGGAUUCAACUGCUGCCUCGAGAUUAUUUGCUAUAGCAGACUCUCCCAACUUCCUCAAUUACUGUCGCACAAACUUGCUUCUAGAUACCUCUUGCCAAGUAAACAAGAUUUGGUUCCAUGAGUGGAGGAGUCAAAAGGACGAGAAGCUCGAACCACAACAAAUCGAUCGUCUUGCAAGACUAGUGAAAGAGUGGACCUAUCGCUCCAGAAACGAUAUCCCGAGGAAGUUCUAUGACUGGAUUCGAAAGCCGGAGUCAAACUUCUGGGGUUGGGACAAUCAAACACAGGGUACAUUUUAUAACCGACUUCUUGAGGACAUCCAGGAGCUGGAAGAUGCAGCUGAGAAGAACUCUAUUCGUCGAAGAGUCAUUUUGGUUAUAUUUUAUGACCUGGUGCAGAGGGAAAGACAGACAUUGCUCUCUGAGGCUAAGAAGCGCGACAGGCCUGAGAAGACACGGUCCCAGAACACGUUUUUCAAAAAGGCCAUCGACAAUAUUUUGGAUCAAACCUACGGCAAUCAAGAGCUUUCGAAAGAGGUAAGAUCUCGUAAGCGGAAACGAUAUGUUGACCUGCAUCGCUACGGAAGGAGGUGGUCACUGUUUGAGCGACGAGAAACAAUCAUUGACUACCCGAUUAUCAAUGCAUCGAAUAGGUGAGGAUUUAUUAGUAGCCUAAAGAGCCCGACUAACGAUAUUCCCUCAGUUUCGAACGCGCAAAGAUGGAAGAUAUAGAGCUUGAGGCUCUGAAUCAAUUCGAGAAGAGGCUUUAUGAUGACGAGUAUAGGUCUGUGGUUAACCAGGCAUUCACAUCUAUCUACAAUGCCUACCUUGAGCACCGAAAUCCUUCUACCCUGCAGCCAGCGCAGAGAGCUCGAUCGGUGAUAUCCCAAAAACGUUUACGAAGCAAUGAGGUUACCAUAGCUACCGAGCCAAGCAGAAAAAGAUACCGUUCCUUGCGCUGUGCUCAGCAGAAGCAAGACACGCACCGAAAUACUCAAGACCAAGGCGAUAACUUUCGUGGGUACAUCUAUCUUGCGCUU